GUCUCGGAGAGGGGCGAUUCUGUGUCAGGUGACUGGAGUUCGCGUAGGAGUGAUCCGAGGUCCAGGCCGAUCCACUGACUGGGCGGACAGACCGGCGGAGCAGCCGACUGACGGAGAAGCUGGGGCAGCCUCGGCGGCGGCGUUAGCUGAGCAGCGGCAGGUUUUUUCCUGGGGAGAAUCUUCACUCAAGAGUUUGCUGACAGCCAAAGAUGGCAAGCAAGGGGCCCUCGGCCUCUGCAUCCCCUGAGAAUUCCAGUGCAGGGGGGCCCAGCGGCAGCAGCAAUGGUGCUGGUGAGAGUGGAGGGCAAGACAGCACCUUCGAGUGCAACAUCUGCCUGGACACAGCCAAGGACGCCGUCAUCAGCCUGUGCGGCCACCUCUUCUGUUGGCCGUGUUUACAUCAGUGGUUGGAGACCAGACCUAACAGACAGGUGUGUCCAGUUUGCAAAGCCGGAAUCAGCCGAGAUAAGGUCAUCCCCCUCUACGGCAGGGGCAGCACUGGGCAGCAGGACCCCAGAGAGAAGACCCCUCCCCGUCCUCAAGGACAGAGGCCAGAGCCGGAAAACAGAGGGGGAUUUCAAGGAUUUGGAUUUGGAGAUGGUGGCUUCCAGAUGUCUUUUGGAAUUGGGGCAUUUCCCUUUGGGAUAUUUGCCACGGCAUUUAACAUAAACGAUGGGCGGCCUCCUCCAGCUGUCCCUGGAACGCCCCAGUACGUGGACGAGCAGUUCCUGUCACGCCUCUUUCUGUUUGUGGCCCUGGUGAUCAUGUUCUGGCUCCUAAUUGCCUAAUACUGGGCCCCCGGUCUCCGGCCUACGUCCAAGGCAGGACCUCUGGACUGGUGACACACCAUCCCCACUCGUGAUGUUCGGUUUCCUGGCUAAUUCUGACCCAUGGAAUCAGUGGGGUCAAUAACACAUCAAGGAGUCUUGCUUCUCCAUCUGAGCUUUGGGGCUCAAGACCAGCUGUCUAGGACCCUGGAGUACGGCCACUGCCGUAAACACCUUGCUAUAACCUUAGACCUUGGCAUUGAGUCAUCUCAUGGUUACACCAUGAAAUCCUAUUCCAGCCAGCUCAGCAGAUCCUGACUCUGCACAGAGAAGAGGCAGGAAGAGAGAAACUGUCGGAACAAUUUCACCUGAGUUUAAUCUUACAAAAACAAAGGGAUGAACCAAAUGGUACUUAUUGUAACCUUCUUUCAUCUCUUGAAAUACCCCUUGGUAAGUGGCCUCCGAAGUGAGUGGGGCUUCUCAUGCAGAGGUUCCUCUUCCAGUGCUGCUCUGUCCUAUUUCUUCCCCUUCCUCUUCCCCUCCUCCCCCUCCUCUCUGCCCUCCUCCUUCUCCUCCUCCUC